AUGGCAGCAUUUGAGACAGUGCCCAUCUACAACAAGCUGGUCUUUGCCCAAGGUGUUUAUACCCGAGCUGGAUCUUUGCACAAAUAUCCAUAUCCCAUCGCCACUGCCUUUCUCCAAUUGGGUGUAGUCUCACUAGUUCUGGCCGUAGUGAACACCGUUGGACACUUCUGCUGCGACCGGAAUCACUCCUGGAUCUUCGGGCCGCAUUUCGCAUACAAACUGAGACACGUGGCCCCUGUGGGUAUUCUAUUUGGGCUGAAGUAUGGCAUCACCAACUGGGGUUUGCAGCUGGUGCCUGUGGGCCGCUUGUGUGACAAGAGAGGAAUGUAG